GAGGGGAAGCAGAAAAGGGACACAUUGCAGCAGCCACUACACUUCCUUCAUGCCUCACUCUUGGGACAUGGCGACCAACAGAAAGCAGCGUGAAUGGUGGAAGGGGCGCCUUAGCCGAGGGAUACCUGCCUCAGUCCAGACAUGCCACAGAGGGUAGACGGUCAGUGUGUCUGCAUGGAUUUGCAUUUCUUCAGAAAAAAAGAAUAGCUGAUGUGCAGGCCCCCAGCCUUUCUGCAGUUGGAUUGACCAGAAGCCACCAUGGGCUCUGUGAGCUCCAGAGGUCACAAGGCAGAGGCCCAGGUGGUGAUCAUGGGCCUGGACUCUGCUGGCAAGACCACGAUCCUGUACAAGCUCAAAGGGAAUCCGCUAGUGGAGACCUUGCCCACGGUUGGUUUCAAUGUAGAGCCUCUUGAAGUUCCUGGACAUGUGUCGCUGAUUCUCUGGGACAUUGGGGGACAGACUCGGCUCAGGGCUACCUGGAAGGACUACCUGGAAGGCACAAACAUCCUUGUGUAUGUGCUAGACAGCACAGAUGAAGCCCGCUUGCCUGAGGCAGUGGCUGAGCUCAACGAAGUCCUGGAAGACCCCAACAUGGCCGGCGUCCCUUUCUUGGUACUGGCCAACAAGCAGGAGGCACCCGAUGCUCUUCCAUUGCUUGAAAUCAGAAACAGGCUGGGCCUGGAGAGGUUCCAAGACAAUUGCUGGGAGCUCCGGGCCUGCAGUGCCCUCACAGGCCAGGGGCUACAGGAAGCCCUGCAGAGCCUGCUGCACCUGCUGGGAUCCUGCUGACACUGACAGGCAGCACCCUGGGACUCCAGGAUAGAGCCGGACCAGCAUCAGGGCCAGCGGGACCCCUGAUCAGGCACAACAGCUUAUCCUUGCUCCUAUGAACAGGAAGGGUCAGCUGAUCCUUCAGGAACUACAGCCCAGUUCACCACACAAGAAAUCCUUCUACUCUUGGACAGGAUGUUUUCUUCUCAGGACUUCCUCUUGGUGGCACUUAUGCUGAAAAUCAACUUAAAAAAAAAGUAAUAACAGCCAGAGGGAAUAUAUAUGCCUCAUGUUACAGGUCAGUACCAAGUGUGGAUGCAACAGAGUUAGUAACAGUACCUGAGAACCACGUCCGCAAAUGAAAGGAAGCUUCAAAACUGUAUCUGAGUGUCAGCUGGACACUGAGAUCACUGUCAUCAGGAGAGAUGCUUCCUGCUGGCCUCUGGGUACAAGCAUUGUUACUCUCCCUACAGUUGUACAACAGGCUGGGCUGGCAGCCAAGAGGGGCCUUCAGCUCCCACAAUGCUGCAGAUGUCACAGGGUCCUGGAGCCUUCCAGAAUUCACCCUGCUCGCCAUCUCUGAAUAACUCUGCUCUGCGCUACAUCCUAUGCUGUAAAAAUAAUAUAAAAUAAACUCCACUAGUACUCCC